CCCAACGCAACAACACAUAAAAUAUAACUUGAGAAUUGGUCAAGAAAACUCGAGCACUAAUUUGGCUCUUCACACAGCACUUUAAUGACAACUUUUUGUUUCUAUGUAAGAGUGGAGUCAAUAUUAACCACAGCUUACAUGCCGAGAUUUCUGGUAUCAAAUAAUUAUUGACAGAUAUCAAUUGUUAAUCUCAUACCAUUUAUGGAAAAAUAAAUCACAUGUGGCUGUAGGUGUGAGAUACAAAAACAAGCUUUUUAUUAAUUCUUCCCUGAUCAAUUUGUACUGUUAUCGAGACAUCAUGAGUUACCUGUGAUGCUAUUCGUAUGACCCCAAUGGGAUCCACGGAUUAACUCGUCAUUCUUUGCAUUGGGGACGCUAUGGACAGAACCAAUGCAGUGACGGGACAAUAGAGUCGGUUGUACCUAUUGCAAUCGAUAUUGGAUUGUGCUAUCAGGGAGUUGCACAGAAGAGCAACAUAUCAAUAGAUAGCCACAGGCUUGCUGGACCAUAAAUGAAACGAGUGCUUCAUUAAUCGUGGCACAAAUUAGUAAGCUUUUCAUAUUCAUUUCCUGAGCAAGAUGAUUAUAUGAUACUGUUGAUAGGGUUUAAGGCUACCCCUUGUGAACGUUCCUGGAUAUCACGAUAAACAGCAUUGCUCAUUUGGCAAUCGAUGUAAUGUGUUUGACCAGAUCCCUUGAGCGGCAGUUGUUACCCAACUCAAAACAAUUUCCCGCAACCAACUCUCAUUCCAAAGUUUGCUACAGUCAUAUCAUUUAGGAUUUCGUAUCAAUCAAUAAAACUACAAAAAGGUGGUAUUUCAAAGUCAACAAGGUCAACAAAUACCACAGUAAUUAAGCAUGGAACAGUAACUGGACAAAACGCUAAGGACUUUUUCUAAGCAAAUCUGUUCUUAACAGGUGAAAGUAAGCAAAGCGCAAUAGGAUCAAUUAUAUAACUCAAUUUUUAAGCAUUGAGAAUGUCAUUCCAAAUUUCUAAAACAAAAAUACAAAAUGGGAAAAGGCACUUGAUAUUCAAUUUUUUCUAGUCUACUACUACUAUAUAUUAGAUCUAAAAUUGAGAUCUGAGAAACUUUGUCAGGAGAAAGCCCCAAUACACAGUUCCAUAUAUGGACGAGGCACGUGUUUUCAAAUCCCAUCUACAUCGAAAUAUAAUUGACUCCCUUUGGGUGUUUAUCAUAUCAAGAGAAAGGCAUAAAACGAAAGCAAGAACUCUUUUGUCGUACGCUUGGUUAGGGAUAAUUCAAGGAGACAACUUGGCCUUUUACCAUGUCGGUAUUGCUCAACCACAUGCACACAGUCAGCCUGGAUUGAACACGAACUGUCUGAAUAAUUGCUCUGAUGGCUUCGUGUCCAACGAACCCAAGCUCACAAAAUCGAUCUGUGCUCCGCCACCAUUUGUGUUUGACUUGCAAUUACCCCUACUUUGGUCUGCCUUUAAUUUGCUUGAUUGUCCAGCUUUCUUUUGUAGAGAUGGAUUUUUGUUGUUUGUUUUCACUCCCAAUGCGCAGGAUUUGGAAGAUUUUCAGGGAACCGGGAGGGGAAGUUUUGACUGUCAAGUGAAAGUUGAGAUGAAAUGGUCUGAUAUUCUAAAAACGAUAUCAUGCUGAAGCAUUGGGAAUGUUGUGUUAAUCUGCAUCUGUGAUGCUAAGAGCAUCUGUCUGUUUGGCCUAUGCUGACACAGAUGUCAAACUUAGAGGGAAAAUUAUAAUGGGAAAGAAGAGUCAGAAAAAUCAAGCUUCAAACAUUAAUAUUGACGCUGCAGUUUCAACACCGACGCAUACUCAUCUCUCGUCAAAAAUUCGUAAUAUACCAACAUACUUUCAAGUUAGCCGAUCUAUGGAGUAGGUGCAGGCACUGGACACCGAGUGUGAGAGAUCCUAUGUAACAAACCUAACAACAAUGGACAUAACAAGUACAACCAAUCAAAGGCUUCAGCCCUCAACCGGCGUUUUGCCAGGUGCAUUCAGAAGGUGAGUCAUGAUACAGGCAUUGCAAGGUAAAGCAAUAAUCCUUGUUUGUGUAUGAUUGCUCAAUAACACCCAGCAGUGAUCGAAUUUAGUGAUCGUACCUAGCUCUAUUGGCUCUAGGGCUACAGACAAGCCGGAAGAACACAUUGACCGGCUACCUUAAGGAAAGCGCAGAGUAAGAGUCGAGGGUGGCGUGAACUAACAAUACUGACUUCAUUUAGUCUGAGUGGUUCCUGCCCGUGAGUAAUUAGAAAGGAGCCUAGACAUCAGUGAGUGGUUUCAUUUGUAAGAGUUCUUUAAGGCACAUCUUUUAUCUGGAGCGGAUUGGAUUAAGGGUGGAGAUCUGCCCUACAGAACGGGUGACAAUAUACCGGUAUGUUGCAGGUGAUUCACCUCACGAUGCAGGACAAAUACAUGGACAGGGCAACUUCGUCGGUCACCUACAUCUCCUGCUCAGUAACACAUGAUGUUGAAUAUUUCUCCUCAGGUAAAUCAAAGUUAUGCCCAAAGAUUGGAUGAAAUGAUAUACCAUGGAACGUCCCUGUCUUUGGACAACAUUCAGUGCAAAGUGAGGCUUUUCCCCACAUUACCAGCACCAUCGACGUAAGAAGCAAGGCUAUUUUGCGUGACAUAACGCCACAGAGCAUCGAAUACACAAAAAAUACACCACACCGCACUGUAAGCGGGUUGGCUGACUUCUGUCAUGUGGUCUUGUUUAUGGAACUCGGCCAGUGGAUACCACACGUGCAUUUACAAACUGAGACUCGGUGCUAUCGGUAGUGCGGUGGUUUACUUCAGAGAAACAUUUACCACAGUUCAACGAUUCCCAAGUCAAGCUACAAGUGACCAUGCGACUAUCUAUGAUGAAUAUGACACAAUAACAACAAACGCGCAUAUUAUGAUCGAGAUGGUUGACUGCAAUCUUGUGCACUCCACACUGCUUCACUGGACAUAUCAACCAACGUCAGUUGAACACGUCAGACAUUACACGCUGAGUUUACGACAAGGCCACACAGGCGGUUUCACUCAGGAUAGGAGUCGUCUUACAUAUCUCCAGGAGUACUAACAAGUUUUAUGUACCGCUGAAUCCAAGAUAACUCCUACCAUCUACAACCUUUACAGCAACAUGGAUUUACUUAACAGAGGGAUUCAGCUCUGUCAGCUAUGGUGAUUGAAUGAAACACUUCCGAUAAGCAGACAACGCGGAGUCUACACUUACCGAUGUUGUAAUGAUCAUGGAUAACACGCGGGAAACCAAACUGAAUUUGAGUUGAGUGAAACACUGGCGUUUCAUCAAGACACAGAGGUUGCAUCCAUUAAAUCAUUUCAAAAGACAGACAAAUGGCUAUGGAUGUGGCUAGCAUUUCCAGUAACAUUGGUUAUGGCACCAUACCAAGUAAUACACUGGAAAUAAAGGAAACUGACUUGGGAGUUAACAGUACAGGCGGACCUUCUGGUAUGUUGCUAGGUACAGCAAACCUUGUUGUCCUAGGCAUCGUGCUAUGUAUUUGUAUGUUACUGAUAGUCUUUGGUAAUACGUUAGUGAUUGUAGCUGUCUAUCGAGACAGAUCACUUCGCCGAAGUGUUACUAACUAUUUCAUCGUCUCGCUAGCAUUUGCCGAUUUAUUAAUCGGGGGAGUCGUUGUUCCGAUAGCCAUUAUAGAUAUGUUGAAUAAUGGCUAUUGGUUUCUUGGCCAAGCUGUGUGUGAUUUAUGGCAUGCACUUGACAUAUUAAGCUGUACUGCUUCCAUACUGAAUCUCUGCGUGAUAUCGUUAGACCGAUUUUGGGCAGUGACACACCCGUUAAGUUAUCCCAGAAGAAUGACCAGAAAAGUGGCGUUGUUAUUCAUCGUGCUAGUAUGGUGCUGUUCUGCAUUUAUAUCCUUCCCAUGUAUUGCAUGGUGGCAUGCAGUCGAGGAACCAACGCCAGACAAUGUCUGCAUUUUCCCUUCGGAUGCCUUUUAUCUUGUGUUAUCUUCAUGCGUGUCAUUCUAUGUCCCAUCUAUUAUAAUGUUAUUCAUGUAUUUUCGGAUAUAUCGGGCUGCUGCAGCACAGAUGCGCCAUAUCCGAUCUGGGACAAAGUUGGUAUCGACGGGAAAGAAUAAUCCAGAAUCUAACGGUACCGUGUCACUGCGGAUCCAUCGCGGCGGAGCAGCUUCGUAUAACAACGGUACGGGUAAUAAGCGAUACUCGGUGGCCACUGAUUCCCGAACUCAUGCAAACCAGAUCAUGGGAAGGCGGAUGCUUUCAAGAAUGAACCGUGAACAUAAAGCCGCUAAAACUCUAGGGAUCGUGGUUGGAGUUUUUGUGGUGUGUUGGCUGCCAUUUUUUGUUCUCAAUGUUACGAGCCCACUAUGUCCAACUUGUAUCUCGUCGCCAAAUAUUGUCAUGCCAUUAGUCACAUGGCUUGGCUAUAUAAACAGUGCACUAAACCCUGCUAUCUAUGCCUUUACCAACAAAAGUUUCAAGCGAGCUUACAAGAAGAUUCUUUGUCGAUGUGGAAGAAGGCAAAGAGGACACUUUUUGAGUCGGGAUGGAACCACUUUCAUGAGCAUUGAUUCAACUUAUAGCAUGGCCGACAUGGGACCAGCGACACCAUCGCCCUAACACAGUGUUCUGUGACAAUGAAUUGUCCCAGUAGCUGAAGCUUCAAGUUUCAUUGUUAAUGUACUCAAAUGUAAGCCUCACCGGAUUUCACCAUGGCAUCUUCAUACCACAUCUUGCUCUUACAAGUCCCCACCUUACCGACAACGAACAAAACCAAAUCAAAUUGGUUCUUGCAGCUUGCCGCCACAAUUGACUUAAAAGCCCCACCAUUCAGGUGGGAUUUUACGACUGAACGUCCAAAGUGAAAUAAUACUAACCAAGGCCGUAUAUUCGGCUCACAUCUAUUCACGGGCAACUUUCCUGUGGUACGCAGGACACAUCGCCAUUUGCAUGUGAAUGGUAAGUGCAUGUGCGGUACUAAUGCAGAACACCAUAGACAAUCACGGUACUCUACCUGAUUUAUUAAAAUAUUCAAUAUAAACAUGAAAAAUGCGUAUUGAUUUUGAAUUCUCAAAAUUAAGAAGGCGUUGUGUCAGCCUAAAUGUUAAAUGGGCUACGGAAUAUACAUGUAUACAAUCAAACUGGCCAGGCAAUUCCAACCAUUUUGGUGUGUCUGUCUUCAGCAGCUGAAUUUAUCAACCGAGAAAUGACUGCCGUACUUUUUCCAGGAGUCAUUUGAUGGUCAUGUGUUUACACUUGUCGCGCAGCUGGCGUCUGUCACCACGUUCUCUUCACUGAUGGAUCAGUGCACAAGGGUUAAGCAAGGAGAUGGAAUGUUUUUUACAUAGGUGGUGAACAGAUGAGGCAAGCAGUUUUAUAGAGCAAACAAAACUGCGGCCAUCUCCUCUAAACAAAGAUUUUUGGUGACAUUAUCAAAAUAUUAGGACAGAAUGCAAACUUUGGUUACAAUCAAACUAAAAAUGAUUGCUUGAGGCAUGUACAUGGUAAUGAUGAUAUUUGUCAAGUGAAGACAAAAGUUUACAAGCGAAUGUAUAGAAAAAAUGCACAACUGGUGCUGCUAGCGGUUGAUAAAGACGAUUAUGUUGCAACCACUCGUCUCGGAAACUUUUGUAGACGAAAUUCGUCACUUUUCACUCAUCACGACUUGCGUCGUUAUAAUACUGAGAAACACAAUCCGUGAAAAGAUCUGGAACAGAAUUCGAAACUGCUGAAAUUGAAAGGCCAAUGUAAUUUAUUGUUUUCGUAGUACACACGAACAACAUCGUAUUGUUAACCAAUGUUGUUGAAAGAUCAUCCGGAAACAUCCGGAUGACGAACAUGUUGAAAAUAAUAACAUGAUUAGAAUAAAUUCAACACUUGAAUAACCUUGUUUAACAUUUUAAGCAAGGUUGUUCAGGUAUCCUGCUGAAACAGCAGUUGUUUAAAUUA